CGUGAAAGUAGACACAUGCUGCCAACAUGGCUAAAUUAAAACUAUUUUUUUUAUUUUUAAUCUGUUGUCAAGUACACAGUGAGACUGUAUUCGAGAGUUCAUACAAUUAUUUUAUAGGUCUAGGUAAAAGUUUAGCGCCCAGUUUUAUGAACUUUUUUGUAUGUAUGACAAAGGACGAUGUAUGGAGUUGUGCUAAGGACAAUUUGGGCAAGGUGUUGGACGGAUUGGAUGAGGAAGUGCAGAAGGAAAGGAAGAUUUGGCAAGAGGAUGCCGAUGCAGAAGUUAGGACGUCAGGAAGGUCGAUUGAGGAGAUGCCUUCCAAGAUAGGGAGACAAGUGGAGGAGUCGCUGUUCUCUAUAGGGGAGGCCAUUGAAGUUGGAAUAGCAAGGGCGAUGAGCAGAAAGAAGCACGAAGGCGGCAUCGACAGCAUCACCAUCUCCACCGGCAUGCAAGAGAAGAAGAAGAAAAAGAAGCCGAAACCACCCAAAAUCCACCUGGUCCACCCAGCGAUGAUGGCAAUGAAGAAAGACGAGAAAGGUCGAGGAUUCCCCGGCAGAAUACAGUCCUGGGUUAUCGGUGAUCAGCUCAGGAAUGCCCCCGCUCGAACAGAAGGAAUGGCUUCCGUAGACAAUUCUGCUGUGACAGCAUUUAAUUCUUCUCGAAAAGCACGCAAUGUAGUUGAUAAAUUACAGAACGAUUCCGCUGAGAAUAAUGGAAUGGCUAGUGUUGAAAAUUCUUCUAUGGUGCAAGACGCUUCUGCCAGAAAAGCACGUAAUAUGUUCAGUCAAAUGAUGGGUAUGAAGAGCGGUGAUAAAAUGAUGGAUGCCAUUCGUGAUUUUGCAAUGAACAUCGAUGACAAUGAUGAUGCAAUGUCUUUCUUUAAUAACGGCAAUAUGAAUUCAGCUGGAGAAAACAGAAGCAAAAAGAAGAAGAAAAGGAAGGCCAUCCUCAAGCUACUGCUUCUGGGGGCGGUAUUGAAAGCAAAAAUCGGUACCAUUCUCCAGAUCUUGUCCUUUAAACUGCAGGUCAAAUUCUUCAUCAUUGCCCUUCUUGGCUUGGGUAUCAACUUGGCACGACUCUGGAUUGAGAUAAAGAACAAGCACAAGGAACAUCCACAGAAGAUAAUCUACUACGAGCAUGCUCAGCAUCAGCACCAUUACGACCAUGAGGAGGAGCACGGCGGAUGGGGACCCUGGUCCAGGAGUAUGGAGCCACCUGAAGCAGAUAUAGAGAUUGAUGACCUACCCAACUCACCGUACGCGGCACAGGAGCGCCCCCUACAGUACUACCGCCCUCUACUAACUAAAGAUUAAAACUGUAGACGGUAGGAGGGUUAAAACGGGCUUUACAAAACAUAAUAUGAAUCUAGUGUUGCCAGAUAGAGUAUUUUUUCGCAAUUUUUGUAUAAAAUGUUUUCUGUUCGCGAAGUUUUAGAGAAAUUAAAUUUUUGAAGAAAAGUGAAAUGGAUUUUCAGAAUUUUAGACAAUUAUUAGACAGUUUUAAUACCUGUAAAAUAUAAAGAGAUGGUAAAAGAUUUUUUUUUAUAACACUGAGGUGGCAAACAAGCAUACGGUCCACCUGAUGGUAAGCGGUUAGCGUUUGAGAAAAAUACUAUACAAGCCUUGGCCACAACUAGGCAUUGAUGGACUUACGUAUGUGUGCCUCGGCUGUGCCUCGGCCCACAUUUGCACGUUCGUCCAUCAAUGCCUCAGUUGCUGGCCGCUGCAGUAAUGUACUAUUACACAAUAUUAAAUGAAGAACUCGAUCGAAAUUAAUAUAGAUAUCCGAAGGGUACGGGGUCUUUUUCCGCUAUCAAUGUCCAAGAAGCCGAUAUAUAGAUAUUGCAACGGUACUUAUAUUACCAAUGCCUACUAGGUAUUCUACACUGUGCCUUGUUGAUAGAUUUUUAAUUAUACCGUUUAUAAUGAUUAUUUUUUAAAUAUACCUGUCCCCCUAGGCAGAGUACAAACGAAUCUAUCAACUAUCUAUCACAAGAACAAGUCUUCCGUUUGAUAGAUUCGUUUUCACAUUUCCUAUAGAUAUAUUUUGCGACUGGCAACACGUGUAAAUAUAGUAAAAUAAUUGUAAAAAAAAAAA